AUGACACCUGUCAAUCACACUGAUGUGCGCGAGUUUGUUCUCUUGGGGCUGACUGCCUGCCUGGAUCUUCAGGUUCCCCUUUUCUUGGCUUUCCUGGCCAUGUACAUGAUGACUCUCUUGGGGAACUUUGGGAUAAUUAUAUUAAUCAGGACUGAUCUUCACCUUCACACCCCCAUGUACUACUUCCUCAGCCACUUGGCUUUUGUCGAUGUCUGCUAUUCCUCCGUCAUCCUCCCCAAAAUGCUGGUGCAGAUCUUGACGGAGGAGAAAACCAUCGGCUUCUCGGGGUGCGCAGCCCAGCUCUGCUGCUUCGUUAUUUUUGGGGUCACCGAGUGCCUCUUGCUGGCCGUGAUGGCCUAUGACAGGUAUGUGGCCAUCUGCAAGCCCCUCCUGUACCCCGCCAUCAUGUGCGAAAGGAUGUGCCGGUGGCUCGUUGCUGGUUCCUACUGCGUUGGCGUCUUGCACGCGGUGACGCACACCACUUUCAUCUUCACUUUCUCCUUCUGCCGCUCCAAUGUUAUCAACCACUACUUCUGCGACAUUGCCCCGCUCUUAGCUCUCUCCUGCUCCGACACCCACACCUACGAGGUGGUUGUCCUUGCUCUCGUCAGCCUAAACUGUCUCAGCACCAUGACCAUCAUCUUUAUCUCCUACACUUAUAUCCUCCCCACCAUCCUGAGGAUCCGCUCUCGGGCAAGCAGGACAAAAGCCUUCUCCACCUGUGCCUCCCACCUGACGGUCGUCACCAUGUUCUAUGGGGCAAUCUUGUUCAUGUACCUGCGCCCCAGCUCCGCCUAUGUGUUGGAUGAGAACAAGAUGGCCACGCUGUUUUACACCGUCAUGACCCCCACGCUGAAUCCCUUGGUCUACAGCCUGAGGAACAGUGAGGUGAAGGCUGCCCUGAGAAGAGCGGUUGGGAAAAGGCAGUGA